CGAGUCCCGACUCGCCCUCCCCCACAGUGGGCCCCAUCAGCGCGGAGGUGCCCUCUGAGCUUGGCAUCGCGGUGGCCCGGCCCGGCCCGCGGGCAGAUGCCCCGAGCCCCAGGCGGCGGUGCGGGAGGCGGGCGUCCGGCCCCGGGCCGCUGAGUGGGACGGACGGACGGGGCUGGGGGCCGCCGGGCGCCGCGGCGUCGGCGGCUCCGCGCGGACCAUGUAUUUCCUGAGCGGCUGGCCCAAGAGGCUGCUCUGCCCGGUGGGCAGCCCGGCCGAGGCGCCCGUCCACGUCCAGUCCGACCCGCAGAGGACUCUCCUCGCCGUGCUGGCCGCGGCCCGCCUCAGCAUCUGGUACAGCCGCCCUAGUGUGUUAAUCGUAACCUACAAGGAGCCUGCAAAAUCAUCUUCUCAGUUUGGAUCCUACAAGCAAGCUGAAUGGAGGCCAGAUAGUACAAUGAUAGCUGUGUCAACGGCAAAUGGCUACAUCUUGUUUUUUCAUAUUACAUCUACAAGAGGGGACAAAUACCUUUAUGAACCAGUGUAUCCCAAAGGAAGCCCACAAAUGAAGGGGACACCCCAUUUUAAGGAAGAACAGUGUGCUCCCGCAUUAACUUUAGAGAUGAGGAAAGUAUUGGAUUUGCAAGCACCCAUUACAAGUUUGCAGUCUGUGCUGGAAGAUCUCCUGGUUGCUACUUCUGAUGGACAGCUUCAUCUUAUUCACUGGGAAGGAAUGACAAAUGGAAAGAAAGCUAUUAAUCUUUCCACAGUACCCUUUUCACUAGAUCUACAGUCAUCUAGAGCAGGUUCAUUCCUGGGCUUUGCAGAUGUGCACAUCAGAGACAUGGAAUACUGUGCCACACUUGAUGGGUUUGCUGUGGUGUUUAACGACGGUAAAGUGGGAUUUAUUACACCAAUGUCCAGUAGAUUUACUUCAGAGCAGCUUCAUGGAGUUUGGCCACAAGAUGUUGUUGACGGAACUUGUGUAGCUGUAAAUAACAAGUAUCGACUAAUGGCAUUUGGUUGUGCGAGUGGUUCUGUACAGGUUUAUACAAUAGAUAACACCACUGGAGCUAUGCUGCUGUCUCAUAAACUAGAGUUAACAGCAAAACAGUAUCCUGAUAUUUGGAACAAAACAGGAGCAGUUAAAUUGGUCAGGUGGUCUCCUGACAAUAGUGUUGUAAUGGUGACCUGGGAAUGCGGAGGCUUUUCUUUAUGGAGUGUGUUUGGAGCUCAGCUGAUUUGUACACUUGGAGGAGAUUUUGCUUAUAGGUCUGAUGGUACCAAAAAAGAUCCCCUUAAGAUCAAUUCUAUGAGCUGGGGUGCAGAAGGCUAUCACCUAUGGGUAAUCAGCGGAUUUGGCUCUCAAAACACUGAAAUUGAGCCUGAGCCCAAGAGUAUAGUUAAACAGCCUGGCAUUCUGCUGUUUCAGUUUAUCAAGAGUGCACUCACCGUAAACCCUUGUAUGAGUAACCAAGAGCAGGUGUUGCUUCAGGGGGAGGAUCGAUUGUACUUGAACUGUGGAGAGGCCUCACAAACUCAGAACCCCAGGAGUUCUUCAGUUCACUAUAAGCCCAGCUCGUUGGCAGAGGGCGGUUUUGAGUCUCAGAGUUUAAGCACUUUACUCGGACAUCGACAUUGGCAUGUGGUCCAAAUUUCCAGCACCUAUCUAGAGACCAAUUGGCCUAUACGGUUUUCAGCGAUUGAUAAGCUUGGACAGAAUAUUGCUGUGGUUGGCAAGUUUGGUUUUGCACAUUACUCUUUACUCACCAAAAAAUGGAAACUUUUUGGAAACAUUACCCAGGAGCAAAAUAUGAUUGUGACAGGAGGCUUAGCCUGGUGGAAUGAUUUUAUUGUCCUUGCAUGUUAUAACAUAAGUGACCGUCAAGAAGAGCUGAGAGUUUAUUUGAGAACAUCGAAUCUGGACAAUGCCUUUGCUCACAUCACCAAAGCCCAAGCAGAGAGCUUACUGCUUAGUGUCUUCCGGGACAUGGUGGUAGUGUUUAGAGCUGACUGCUCAAUAUGCCUUUACAGUAUUGAGAAGAAGUCUGAGGGUCCAAAUACUACUGCUGGUAUCCAGGUUCUUCAGGAAGUCUCCAUGUCACGCUACAUUCCUCACCCUUUCCUGGUAGUAUCUGUCACUCUGACAUCAGUGAGUACAGAGAAUGGAAUCACCUUGAAAAUGCCACAGCAGGCUCGUGAUGCAGAGAGCAUUAUGCUGAAUCUUGCAGGGCAGCUCAUCAUGAUGCAGAGAGACCGGUCAGGCCCGCAGAUCCGGGAGAAGGACAGUAACCCGAACCAGAGGAAACUGUUGCCAUUCUGUGCUCCUGUUGUACUAGCUCAGUCUGUUGAAAAUGUAUGGACUACGUGUCGAGCAAAUAAACAAAAGCGGCACCUCCUGGAGGCCCUCUGGCUGAGCUGUGGAGGGGCAGGGAUGAAAGUUUGGCUCCCUCUCUUCCCGAGGGACCAUCGAAAGCCCCAUUCCUUCUUGUCCCAGCGGAUCAUGCUGCCUUUCCACAUCAACAUUUACCCGCUGGCGGUUCUGUUUGAAGAUGCGUUAGUCCUCGGUGCUGUCAAUGACACUGUGCUCUACGACUCUCUGUACACUCGAAGCAGUGCUAGGGAGCAGCUGGAGGUGCUCUUCCCCUUCUGUGUCGUGGAGAGAACCUCGCAGAUCUACCUCCACCACAUCCUACGUCAGCUGCUGGUCAGGAACCUCGGGGAGCAGGCCUUGCUCCUGGCCCAGUCCUGCUCCGCGUUACCCUACUUCCCUCACGUGCUGGAGCUCAUGCUCCACGAAGUGCUGGAAGAGGAAGCUACCUCACGGGAGCCCAUUCCCGACCCUCUGCUUCCCACGGUGGCAAAGUUUAUCACCGAGUUCCCCCUCUUCCUGCAGACCGUUGUGCAUUGUGCCAGGAAGACCGAAUAUGCCCUGUGGAACUACCUUUUUGCAGCUGUUGGAAACCCCAAGGACUUGUUUGAGGAAUGUUUGAUGGCUCAGGAUUUGGACACAGCUGCCUCUUACCUUAUUAUCUUACAGAAUAUGGAAGUCCCAGCAGUAAGCAGGCAACAUGCCACCCUUCUGUUCAACACAGCCCUAGAGCAAGGCAAGUGGGACUUAUGUCGGCACAUGAUUCGAUUUCUUAAAGCCAUUGGCUCUGGAGAAUCUGAGACACCUCCAUCCACACCUACAGCUCAGGAACCCAGUUCAAGCGGAGGAUUUGAGUUCUUCAGGAAUCGCAGCAUCAGUUUGUCCCAGUCAGCUGACAACGUACCUGCUAGUAAAUUCAGCUUACAGAAAACACUAAGUAUGCCAUCUGGGCCUUCGGGAAAAAGAUGGAGUAAAGACAGCGACUGUGCAGAGAACAUGUAUAUUGACAUGAUGCUCUGGAGACAUGCUCGGCGUCUCUUAGAAGAAGUUCGGCUCAAGGACCUGGGUUGCUUUGCAGCCCAGUUGGGCUUUGAACUCAUUAGUUGGCUCUGCAAGGAGCGUGCCCGAGCUGCCCGGGUGGACAACUUUGUGAUAGCCCUGAAGAGACUCCACAAAGAUUUCCUGUGGCCACUUCCCAUCAUCCCAGCCUCUUCUCUCAGUUCUCCUUUCAAGAACGGCAAACUCCGAACAGUGGGAGAGCAGCUGUUAAAAUCUCAAUCAGCUGACCGUUUCUUAAACCUUGAGAUAGAUGCUGGCCUCUCUAAUGUCCAGCGAAGUCAGAGCUGGCUCAGCAACAUUGGCCCUACCCACCAUGAGAUAGACACAGCCUCAUCCCAGGGACCACAAAUGCAAGACGCCUUCCUGUCACCUUUAUCUAACAAAGGUGAUGAAUGCAGUAUUGGUUCAGCCACAGACUUGACUGAAAGCAGCUCCAUGGUGGAUGGGGACUGGACAGUGGUGGAUGAAAGCUUCUCCACACUCAGUUUAACGCAGUCAGAGCUAGAGCACAUCUCCAUGGAGUUGGCCAGUAAAGGGCCUCACAAAUCCCAGGUCCAGCUGCGGUAUUUGCUACACAUCUUCAUGGAGGCAGGAUGUCUGGACUGGUGCAUUGUCAUAGGCUUGAUUCUUAGAGAAUCCUCAAUAAUCAACCAGAUUUUGGUGAUUAUACAGACGACAGAGGUAGAUGGAGAGAUGUUACAGAACAUAAAGACAGGGCUGCAUGCGGUGGACCGAUGGGCCUCUGCAGACUGUCCUGGAUAUAAGCCAUUUUUGAACAUCAUUAAGCCACAACUACAGAAGCUCAGUGAGAUAACAGAAGAGCAGGUCCAUCCUGAAGCUUUCCAGCCAGUAACUGUGGGUAAGACUCCUGAACAGACUAGUCCUCGGGCAGAGGAGAGCAGGGGCUCCUCAGGCCAUGGAAGCAUCCCCCAGGGCGAGGUCGGAGGUAGCGGUAUGGUCAGCGGGAAAGAGGAGAACACAACCUGCGCAGAGGAGGAGGAAACUUUCCAGGAUGGGACUUACGACUGCUGUGUGUCCUAACGACGGUGAGGUGCCGUCACCACGGCAGUAUUAAUUAGCAGCAGCGUGCGUGCACUGUGACCUCAUUGGAUGAUUUAACCAGGGAUCUCAGCUCAGAGACUCUGGUAAGGUAUUACAUUUUAACUAACUCUUCUCUAAGAAAUCUCCUUGACUCCAGAAAAAUAUAUCAGAAUAAAUCCUCUUUCAUUUAAAAAAAAAAUUUAAAGCUUUGGUGGAAAGUAAUAAAGAAUACUGUACAGAUGUACAUGAGAAUAUUUUGGUUUUAUUCUUAAGAUUGGUAGGUCUUAAACCAUAGGGAUUGUUUUGCCCCAGAUGAGCUUGCUUUUUCACUACAUAUAGCUUCUUACGUUUUCUGGUUCAGCGUGUGUCCAGACUGCUUUUUUAAAAAUAAAUGCUCAUGUGCUUGCUGUAGCUUGUCAGGUACCUGAGCUACCUGGAAUGCCCUAGAUUGAGAGCACUGGACUCUGACUGGGCCUCCUGAGCAGAUGUCUGCCCUGGCACAGCACAUGCCAGUCCUGAAUGAUGGGAGCGCUAUACCUGUGAGGCAGUGUGCCAGCUGCAUUCCUGCUGGACCGGAGGUCGGACGGGUUCUUGUCUAAUUAUGUGUUAGAUACCACUAAACUAUUUUGUAUCAAGAAUUUUAUCUUUUUGUGAAUACUCUUGUAUAAAUAUACUCAAAGGCACUGUUCAUAUUUUUAGGGCUUGUAUUAUAAUUUGUAAGGUUUUAUGCUGGAUUCUGCAUGGCCAUUUAUAGUCACUCUUGGAAUAAAGACAGGACUUGCUCUUCUUUCCAAAUAUGAGCAGUCUUCAUAGAGGAAGACAGGUUUAUUUUAUUGGCUUGGUCAUAAAAUAACAGAAAUGGUUACACCAAUCAUGAAAUGAAACAGGUUUUGUGCAAAUUAAUGUAGUUUCUUAUUUAUUGCUUUUGUAAAUUGAGUAAAAAUGGAGUUUUAUGUAAAUAUACUGAAUCCUGUAUUAUCACGGCUAACUAAAAAUUAGUAUGUAAAGAAUGCAUUCUUCAUUGUAAUUUUUAAAAUAUUUUAUGUAUUUCUAGAUAUGACUUAAUUUUAGUUUUCAUACAUUAUGAAAACUGCAUACUCCUUAAUUGCUUCAGAUUAAACACAUACCCUGUGUAUGUACUUCUAAUUACCUUAUAACAGUAUUAAUUUAGAUAGCUUGUUUGUAUUGUGCAAUUUGAACAAAGGAAUGCAAUGUUAUUUUUUACAAAAACAAACUUGUUUAUUUUUAUAAUAACAAUGUAUUUCAUGUGGACCAAAUUCAUACCACUAUGUAAAACAGCCUCUCUCCUCUUAGUGCAAUUAGAGUUUAGAAAUAAAACUUGGUCCUCUAUCCUUGUUUUUAAAAGUAAGUGGCUAGAUUUAGUUGUCCUAGCCAAGUUUCCUUUGAUGGGAAACUCAAGACUAUUUUGAAAUUGCUUAGUUCAGAAUUCAUCAAACUGUUUUAAAUUAUUGGGUUUGGUAAUUUACUAUCAUUUACUUUUUACAAGUGCAAUAAUUUCACAUACAGAAACUCCUGAAUGGGUGGAAUAUGUGAUUAUUGGUACCUGACCUGGUCCUUCUGGUGCUACUUUUAUUUAAGCCUUUGUUUUAAACCACCUUUCCCUGAAUCUUAAGAUAGAACUGUUUCCCAGGUGAGUACAUCAUGAGCUCAGCAAGAAACUAAACUGAAAUUUCUUCUGCCCUAGUCCACUAGGAGAAGACCUAGCAUUACUUUUGUGCUUGGUGUGAAUAUUCCAUCAAUAAAAAUGAUUUACCAUUUAAA